AUGAGCCAAUCUCACACUGAUGCCAUGCAACAGUGGAUCAAUGAAGCAAUGACUGGCAUGGGAAUUCAAGGCUCCUUCUCGACCCAUUGCUUUCGAUGGGGUGGAGCACAGUACAGGUUUAUGCUGGCCCCUGUUGGCAAGUGCUGGUCCCUCAAAAAGGUCCACUGGUGGGGGGGCUGGGCUGAGGGGGAGCAUGUAAGUGCCAAGUUUGAGUGUCCCAUUGUUCACAGCAUUGACCUGGAUGCUUCACACCUGGUACUGUACUACUGA